AAUUUGGUUUUAAACGGUUGAAACGGGGAAAUAAUGUUUCCCGAACAUGCUUGUCAUGAACUAGUCUUUUGGAUGGACUCGUAUUUUGUUUAAGUCAUAACUUGUGCAUUAAGUCAUAAUAAACAUGCAUUUGAUUUUUGAUUUAAUUACUAGUGUAUUAUAACCAGGUAUGGAGAGAUAACAGACAUUUUUCUGGAUGGUGCAAAAGGAGAAGGGGAGAAGGACAUGAAAUAUCUCUUUGAUAGUUGGUUUUCUCUGAUUCACCAGCUCCAACCGGGGGCCACCAUUUUUUCUGAUGUGGGUCCUGACACAAGGUGGGUUGGUGAUGAAUAUGGUGUUGCUGGGUCCACUUGUUGGUCUCUUUACAACAAGACGGUUUCUGAUAUUGGUAAUGUUGAUAGCCAAUACCAAAGAGAAGGAGACCCAUUUGGUCCUGAUUGGGUACCUGCUACAUGUGAUGUCUCUAUAAGACCCGGUUGGUUUUGGCAUGAUUCAGAACUUCCAAAAUCUGCAAGGAGUCUACUUGAGAUCUACUAUAAAUCAGUUGGUCGAAACUGUCAUCUGUUAUUGAAUGUGCCCCCAAACACCUCAGGUCUUAUUUCAGAUGAGGAUAUCCAAGUUCUUCAAGAGUUCACUGAACUUAGGAGGUCCAUAUUUUCUCACAAUUUGGCUAUAAAUGCUGUUAUCAAUGCCAGCAGCAUAAGAGGGGGAAUUCUAGAGACUCACUUUAGUCCCUACAAUGUUCUUAAAGAAGGUAUAUACACAUAUUGGGCUCCCGAGGAGAACCAAUCUAAGUGGAUAUUGUACAUAAAUCUCCAAGAAUUAGUAUCCUUCAAUGUUUUGCAAGUACAAGAGCCUAUUCAAAUGGGACAGAGGGUGAUUGAGUUUCACCUUGAGGCAUUGAGCCAACACGGUGUGUGGAUGAGAGUUGCAAAUGGCACCACAAUUGGAUAUCAGAGACUGUUGCUGUUUCCAAAAGUGAAGUCUGAGUAUCUGAAGCUAGUAGUUGACAAGUCACGGGCAGAACCAUUGAUAUCAUACUUGGGAAUCUACAUGGAUCCUGUUACCGUUUUGAGAGAGACACCUGAUAAACAAUCAGUAGCCUGUUUCAAUGGAAGUCAAGUUCUGCAAACCACCACAAUCAACAAUUCCCUGAGUGCUGCAAUGUAAACUUUUCUUAAUUGUAAAAUUUGAAAACAUUUUACAUGGCAAAUUCACGUUCAAUUCUCUUAUCCCCUUUGUAAUUCCUGUAAUUUGGAGAUAACCAGAAGAGUUUGAUCUCAAUGAAUUGGUGUCUUCUUUUGUA